CGUUAGGACUUGAGACAUUGAGACAAGCAGCGUUCUCAAAAGAUUCGACACCGCAUCUCCUUUCGAACGACAACCUUUAUAAUGACUUCAACACCCGAACAGCAGUUUGCGGAACUCGCCAAGAUCGAGGGUCAUGUAGAGGAGACCACUAUCGCAAGCGUCUACGAUCAGCUGAAGCCUGUCGCUCCAGAGCUGCUAGUUGGCCAGUGGGAAGGAGGCAGUUUCAAUACGGGACAUCCCACGCAUUUGCAACUUCACAACUUCAAAUGGGCGGGUAAAGACUUCCGGUCCGUCGAUGAUGUAGACCCAAUCAUGCGAUACGAAGAAGACGGCAAACGAACAUGGUUUUCUGACUACGGCCAUGCGCGGGUUCGAGAAGUUAAGUUCAGGGGUGUUGUGACUGCAGCAAUGGUUUAUGACAAGUUCCCCAUUAUUGACGCAUUCCGUUACGUGGACGAGAACACUGUGGUUGGUGCCAUGGACAACAAGGAACUUCAGCAAUCUGGGACAUACUACUUUUACUUGAGAAGAAGGACCCAGAGCAAGGCCUAGCUAAUUAGACUAUAAAACUACUUUAUGUAGAUCAUCCUUUAGUCCGGGGCCCCGCAGACGAUCCCC